GGGAGCCUUUGCAGCCAGACUCGCCGCGGCGCCCUCCCCACCUGCGCGGUGAGUGGCCCCGGGCUGACAAAGGCUAGGCAGCUGCUACAGCUGCUCCUCUGGCUGGCACCAUUACCCCCGUCCGACCCCAGGCUCCGGCAAGUGCCCGGGACGGAGCAGUCUGGCCUGUGCUCCCCUGCCGACCGCUCACCGCUGUGUUGGGGUUUGAACCCAAAAGUGUGGACACGUCCCCCAGAAGCAGAGGCCAAGAAAGCAUGUGACUGGCUUCGAGCAAUAGGAUUUCCUCAGUAUGCUCAGCUUUUUGAAGAAGGUACAUUUCCUUUGGAUAUCAGCUCUGUAAAGAAGGACCACAGUUUUCUGGAGGAGGACUCUCUGGAGGCCCUGUGCAGGAGGCUGAUGACCUUGAAUAAUUGUGCCUCGAUGAAGCUGGAGGUUCAUUUUCAAUGCAAGCAGAAUGAAGAUUCUGAAGAUGAAGAGCACUGUAACAUCAGCAGCCACUGGGCCUUCCAGAGAGAAAGUCAGCAUAGAUCUCCCAUGGGCUCCUGUUCCCUGCUGGCUCCACUAAGCCCCAGCCUGUUGGGGACCUCAAGCUGUGAGAGUGUCCUCACUGAGCUUAGUGCCACCUCCAUGCCAGCCAUCACUGUGAGCCUUUCCUCUGAGCCAGAAGACUUGCCCUUGCUAGGCCAUAUCUCUAGCCCGAGUGACCAGACCCUCCUCAGUCCCAUUCAGGGCCAGGAAGGUCCCCAGGACAAGGCCAAAAAGCACCAUUCCCGUAGCUUCCUCAAGCACCUUGAGUCUCUGAGACGGAAGGAAAAGGGUGACAGUCAGCAAACUGAUCCUGAGCCCAGGCCAGGCACCCCAGAGAAGACCACCAAAGGUUCAUCUUUCCGCAACUGCCGUGGUUUACUCUCAGCUGGAUUUUCAAGGGCUAAGACCCUGGCAACCACCCCAGCUAGGGGCAGAGAUGGUGAGACUCGGAGGGGUUGGGAGGCUUGGCCUGUGGCAAUGUUCCGGCAUCCUCAGCAGGUUCAUCGGGGUAACUACUUGGUGCAUGUGCCUGGGGACCAUAAACCAGGCACAUUUCCUCGCUCUCUGUCUAUUGAGAGCCUGUGUCCCCAGGAUGGACAUCGCCUGGCAGACUGGCAGCCAGGUAGGCGCUGGGGCUAUGAAGGGCGACGGGGCUCCUGCGGCUCCACAGGCAGCCAUGCAAGCACCUAUGACAACUUGCCAGAGCUGUACCCAACUGAGCCUAUGCUGGCUGGGGCUGAAGCUGAAGAAGAGGAUGAGGAUGGGGAGAGUUAUGCUCACCUAGACGACAUCCUCCAGCAUGUGUGGGGACUGCAGCAACGGGUAGAGCUCUGGUCUCAGGCCAUGUACCCAGACCUGGGACCUGUAGAUAAGGAAGAGGAAGAGGAGGAGGAAGAGGAGGCUACUUCCUCAGUAAAAAUAGUCACAGCUGAGAUGGAAGGUCAAACUGAGGCUGUGCCCCAGGCAGAACCUCCCACCCAGGUCCAGGCUGAAGUCCAGCCAGUAGUCCUGGUUCAGGCCCCAGGUGAAGUUGAACCAUUAGCACAGGCACAGGCUGAGGUCCCAGUCCAGGCCCAGGACAGCAAGCAAGAUGCCAGCUCAGCAGAGGAACCCACCUCUGCCUCCAGCCUGUCUGUGGAAGGACACUCCAUUUCUGAUACUGUUGCCUCCUCCAGUGAACUGGACAGUAGUGGGAACUCCAUGAAUGAAGUCGAGGGUGCAGGGGCCUCAGUGGGACUCCAGGCACCAGUGACUCGUGAACGCCGGGAUUCAGGUGUUGGAGCCUCACUUACCAGACCAUGCAGGAAGCUCCGUUGGCACAGCUUCCAGAACUCCCACCGGCCCAGCCUCAACUCAGAGUCACUGGAGAUCAACCGGCAGUUUGCAGGCCAGAUCAACCUUCUGCACAAGGGUUCACUACUGCGGCUCACCGCUUUCAUGGAAAAGUACACUGUGCCCCACAAACAGAGUUGGAGCUGGUCAAUGCCCAAGUUCAUGAAAAGGAACAAAACCCCAGACUACCGAGGACAGCAUGUAUUUGGGGUGCCAUUUCUUAUCCAUGUGCAGCGCACAGGCCAGCCACUGCCACAGAGCAUUCAGCAAGCCAUGCGUUACCUGCGCAGUCAGUGCCUGGACCAGGUGGGAAUCUUCCGGAAGUCUGGGGUCAAGUCCAGGAUUCAGAGCCUGCGCCAAAUGAACGAGACCUCUCCUGACAAUGUCUGCUAUGAUGGCCAGUCGGCCUACGAUGUUGCUGACCUGCUAAAGCAGUAUUUUCGGGACCUCCCUGAGCCCAUCUUCACCAGCAAGCUCACUACUACUUUCCUGCAGAUCUACCAGCUUCUCCCCAAGGAGCAAUGGUUGGCAGCAGCACAAGCUGCCACCUUGCUACUCCCCGAUGAGAACCGGGAAGUGCUACAGACCCUACUCUACUUCCUAAGUGACAUUGCCUCUGCUGAUGAAAACCAGAUGACAGCUGGCAACCUGGCAGUGUGCCUGGCACCUUCCAUCUUCCACCUCAACAUCUCCAAGAAGGAUAGCCCCUCACCCAGGAUCAAGAGCAAACGUAGUCUGGUUGGCCGGCCAGGUCCUAGAGACCUGAGUGACAACAUGGCCGCCACGCAGGGCCUAUCACACAUGAUCAGUGAUUGCAAGAAACUUUUUCAGGUGCCCCAGGACAUGGUGGUGCAACUGUGUGGCUCAUACAGCGCUGCUGAGCUCAGCCCUCCAGGUCCAGCCCUGACUGAACUCCGGCGAGCUCGGGCAGCUGGCCUGAGCCUGAGCCUCUUCAUGGAGGAGAGUGUACAGGAGCUGCUGCGGGAUGCUGCUGAACGCUUCAAGGGCUGGACCAGUGUGCCAGGGCCCCAACGUACAGAGCUGGCCUGCAGGAAGGCACCCGAUGGGCACCCUCUACGCAUAUGGAAAGCAUCCACAGAGGUGUCAGCUCCUCCAGCAGUGGUGCUCCAUCGGGUCCUCCGGGAGCGUGCCCUUUGGGAUGAAGAUCUGCUACGAGCCCAGGUGUUAGAGGCCCUGAUGCCAGGGGUAGAACUGUAUCACUAUGUCACUGACAGCAUGGCACCGCAUCCCUGCCGCGACUUUGUGGUGCUGAGGAUGUGGCGCUCUGACCUGCCCCGAGGGGGCUGCCUGCUUGUCUCCCAGUCCCUGGACCCUGAGCAGCCUGUGCCAGAGUCUGGAGUGCGGGCCCUCAUGCUCACCUCCCAGUACCUCAUGGAGCCUUGUGGCCUGGGCCGCUCCCGCCUCACACAUGUCUGCCGUGCAGACCUCAGGGGCCGUUCUCCUGACUGGUACAAUAAAGUCUUCGGGCACCUGUGUGCCAUGGAAGUGGCAAAGAUCCGGGACUCCUUCCCCACACUGCAGGCAGCUGGUCCUGAAACAAAGCUGUGAGCUGCAGGCUGCCAUGGCCCUGGCCUCCUAGCACCAAGGGAGCGAGUGGAACAAGGACAGAGUAGCCCCCCCCCCCCCCAGGGGCAGAGACAUGGCCAGGGGGCUCCACCCACCUGUCCCUAUACUUUCUAAGACUAUCUGCAAAUCCAGGAGAGGGGAAGGGAGGUUAGGUGUCCUGCCUCCAUGUCAUCUUCUUCCCAACUGCAUAUUACUUUUCCGAAAAAAGAAACCUGGUAGUAGUGAAAACUCUGCUGCCUGUCCCUGCCAGGAGGCUGGAGGAACUCACCUGCAGCACCAACGGCCCCCACCUGUAGGAGGAGUGGGGUAGAGAACAGGAUGGUCCCAGUUGUCUGCCACAGCAAGAUGUCAAUAUCCUGUUUUCUGGUUAUGGCCUUUGGGGCCUGAGCAGGAGGCUCUGGUUCUGCCUUUGGAGGCCAACAUUGGUCCUGCACUAGUUUUGCCAAAAGUGGGACUGGAGUAAAUAGUACAGGAGCGAAGGAUAGAGCAUUCACAAACUACCAUGAGUGGUUUACUUUCUGUAAAUAUGAUGCCAGUUUCUUUUCUUUAUGAGGCUGAUUUAGAGAGACCCUAGGGGGCCCUGGUAGGUGUCUUGACAAUUUGGGUCAGCCUGGGACAUGAGGAUGGGGAAACUUCCUCUCAAGUCUCAGGAGACCAAUGAACAAGUUUCCUCUGGCUUAGGCCAUCCACUGUCACUCUCUGUGGUUACCAAUAGCCUUUAUCUAUUCACUGUUACACCUACAGGUAAUUGAGCUGACUUGUACCACACAGGCCAAACCACAGCACGUAGUAUAGGGAAACAAGUAUAUUCCUUUUGCCUAGGGUAGUGGGCUACUAUAAAAGCCUCUUCCUGGAGCAGACACCUGGCCUCUGGGCCAGCCACAGGGAAGAGCCCACAUUAAUCCCCUGGGCCUUGAUCCAAAUUUAAUCCAUCAUGCUCACUCACUGGCCAUCUUUGUUCAGAUUGUAAUGCCAUUGCCAGUCAAUGGCUAACUUAGACAUUUUUUUUCUGUUCACUGCAUAAGCUGGUGGGAGGGAUCUCAGCCAACACUGUAAUUUUAAGCUUGUGUUCUUUGUACGUAUAUAUUUAUAUAUAUAUAUAUUGUACAGUCAAAAUAUGUAUGUGUAUCUGUAGUGUACAUAUAGACACAUAUAUACAUACACACGUAUAUAUGCAUGUGCACAUAUAUUCUCUACUGAGUGUUUGUUAAUCUCUGGAUGGGAGCAGGGUCUGGAAGGCCACAAGCCAGGGCACUUUUGUGAAGAGUAAGAGUGGUAGAGGACAAGGUACAGCAGGCUCCCUCUGCAGAACAAUAAAGACUUACUGGAGAUAUA